AUGAAUUUUUACGCAAUCAUCUUAAUUUUUAUUGUACUAUUUAGUACACUCUCCCAUGCGGACACAACUCCGUAUGACCCUACCUUCCAUAUUUUUGUCCCUCAACACUGGAUCAAUGACCCUAAUGGCCCCUAUCGAGACCCUGUCACAGGCAAGAUCCACUUGUACAUGCAGUACAAUCCCCACGGGGCCGUUUGGGGUGAUAUGUCAUGGUAUCAUGUAACUUCGGAUGACUACGUCAAGUGGAAACGCAGCGAAAGCCUAUCCAUGACCAAUGACCGCUGGUACGACUUGCGUGGUGUGUAUUCUGGCACGAUGAUCAACAACCAUUUGGGAGACCCAGUUGCCAUUUAUGCUUGUGUCGAGAAUGCGGGCGCUGAGGAUGUUGCUCAAGGCAGGCCUGACAUCCAGCGUGUGUGUACCGCGAGCCCAUCCAAAGCCGAUCUUAAGGGCAAACGCACGCUGGACAUCUUCGAGAAGAACCCAGUCAACCCCGUCUUAAGCGAACACGACGUUCCAGGGCUGGUUUACCUCAACAACUUUCGUGACCCGACAGAGUUGUGGGCCGAUCCGGCACACGCCGAUGAGUGGCUCCUUGCAGCCAUUGCACGUGUUAAGGAUGAUGAGGGUGACAAUGCGCAUGUGGUUCUCUUCCGCACCGCAGACCCCACGUUUAUGAGCGGCUACAAGUUUUCGCACACCCUCUACACGUACCACCUUGAACCAAUGUUGGAGUGUCCUGACUUCUUUACUGUGGACAGCACCAAUGGGUACUUUCUGAAGUUUUCAACAAUGGAAGCACGCCGUGAAUUCAUCGUUUACGGCAACUACCAGCCAAACGAAGCGAAGGACCAGUACGUUUACGUUGAGGACACUGACCGCACCAACACGUUCAUUGACUUUGGGCCUUACUAUGCGUCCAAAACCUUCUACGACCCAAUCCUGAAGCAGCGCAUGAUUUGGGGCUGGGUUCCCGAGGAGAUGGAGCAAACGCAGAAUCUGAAGGUUCAGGGAUGGGCUGGCGUGCAAGUUCUACGUGGAAUCGCCUACGAUGAGAAGCAGAAGCGUCUUAAGUACCCACCGAUUCCUGAAUUGAAAGCUCUACGCAGGGCGCGCCUCCUCAACAAAACGCUGGUGCUUUCGUCUGACAUUGCCAGUACUGUUCUGACUCCGUUUGAGGCAGUGACGAUACAUCAGGAGAUUAUUGCAAAGUUCACUUUUCCCGCAAGCCUUUUUGAUGGAACGAAGGGAUACACCAAGGAAAACGCCCCUGAGGUGGGCUUGCGCAUCCGCACUAACACCAAUGGAUCGGAAUACACAACUGUGAAACUGAGGAUGCCAGCGGCAACGCCUGAGUCAAAUGUUUGCCAUGAAUGCACCUACCUGGAAGGGCGGAACACCGCAUUUAAGAUUUAUUCCAUCAAGAAUGACAAGGAAGCCGAGAUGAACUGCAGUAAGGAAUGCGCAAAGGAGCGCACCUGUGAGUCGUGGGCUCUGGAUGAAACGGAAAAUAAAGACAUGAUGCAGUGCUCACUGUACUGGGACUACAAUUCUAAGGUAUCUACUUCGAAUAAGGUUGCGUCCAGCGGUGUCGUUAAUGAGCCUAUUCUUUACCUGGAGCGUAAUAAAUCGGGUACCAUUGGCUACAACUUUCCACUGCACGGUCGUGCGCCGUUGGCAUCAAACACCGAGUUGGAGCUACGUAUCUUUGUUGAUGGCAGUGUCAUUGAGGUGUUUAAGGACGACGGUCUUCAGACCAUCAGCGGCCGUGUGUACAUCCCCGAUGGAGUCGCUCACAGCGGUGUUGGACUCUACACCCUUAAUACGGGUGAUGCUAAUGUCAGUGCUAACAUUCAAGUAUUUUCGAUGGGCAACAUAUGGAACUAG